CAAGUCAGUCGGACAUUUAGAUUCAUCUAUCGGGCAUUGAAAACUUCUGUAAAUGGAUUUGAAUGUGGCUUUGCUCAGCGAUUCGCGCCAUUUUUACGUCAAAUGACAAAUUAACAAUCAACAGUACUGAUAUUUAAACGGCAUAAGUGGUCGAACGCGUGAAAUGAUUCGAUCAUUGGCGCCUAGUCAACGAGGAAAACGUCCUUUGCUCUCAGACAUAUCCAAUACCGCAGUGAGUGAACAGACCCAGCCGGAAAACUUCACGCAACAGCCAAAGAGGAGAGCCUCCAAGAAUAUCAAAGAUGUACAAAUACAAGAGCGCAAAGCUGUUCUUCUUUCUGAUAUUGGUAUCCGUACGGCUCAAGAAAUGAUAUCAGAACAUGAAGAGAGAGUGAGGAAGUUACUCACCAAACCGUUUAGAAUACCGAUACCCGGCUAUGAGUUAUCCAGACGAUAUCUUGGAGUAUACACUUCAGGACCACGUAGGCCACUGCACGAUCCUGACGAAGCCAAUGCAUUGAUCGUCUACUCGCCGCCGGAGAUGUCUGAACACGACAGAUUAAAAUUAGACCCGUGUAAGCAACUUGUACACGUGGUUGUAGAUCCCCAGUUGUGCCAUGUGCUGAGGCCACAUCAACGCGAAGGCGUGAAAUUCAUGUACGAGUGCGUAACAGGUAAACGUAUAGAGGAUGCAUACGGCUGCAUUAUGGCGGACGAGAUGGGUCUCGGCAAGACGUUGCAAUGUAUUACUCUGUUGUGGACGUUGCUGAAACAAGGGCCGGAAGCUAAGCCGCUGAUAGACAAGGCGAUCAUCGUCGCGCCCAGUUCGCUGGUGAAGAACUGGCACAACGAGAUCUACAAGUGGCUGAAGGACCGUGUGAGCGCCCUCGCGAUCGACGGCGGCAAGAAGCAGGACAUCGACACGAAGCUCAUCAGCUUCAUGAAGACCUACAACGGCAGAUGCGUGUAUCCGAUCCUGAUCAUCAGCUACGAGACCUUCCGUCUGCACGCCCACGUGCUGCAUCAGAACGAGGUGGGUCUGGUGUUGUGCGACGAGGGCCACCGUCUGAAGAAUUCCGAGAACCAAACGUACCAGUCGCUGAUGGGCCUGAAAGCCAAGCGGAGGGUCCUGCUCAGCGGAACGCCCAUACAAAAUGAUCUGCUCGAGUACUUCUCCCUCGUGCACUUCGUCAAUCAAGGAUUACUGGGAACCGCGCAGGAAUUCCGGAGGAAGUUCGAGACGCCCAUAUUGCGCGGUCAGGACGCGGCAGCGACGGACACGGAGCGCAAGCUCGCCGAGGAGCGUUUGUCCGAACUGGUGUCCGUCGUCAACAAGUGUCUCAUCAGGCGCACUAGCGCCUUGCUUUCGAAGUACCUGCCGCUCAAGCACGAGCUCGUCGUGUGCAUCAAGAUGGGAGAGCUGCAAACGCGUCUCUACAAGAGCUUCGUACAGAGCGACAUCAUAAAGAAGUCUAUGGAGAAUAGCGAUAACGAGAAAUCGAAGAAAGGAGGAACCCUGUCCGCCCUCGCGGCCAUAACUCUCCUGAAGAAGCUGUGUAAUCAUCCGGACCUGAUAUACGACAAGAUCAAGGAGAGAUCGGACGGAUUCGAGAACGCGACGAGAUUCUUGCCGGCGAAUUACUCGACGAAGGAGCUUCUGCCGGAAUUGUCGGGCAAACUGAUGGUCCUCGACUGCCUGUUGGCGUCCAUCAAGACCACAACGAACGACAAGAUAGUACUGGUGUCCAACUACACGCAAACGCUGGACCUGUUCGAGAAGCUCUGUCACAAACGUGACUACAGAUACGUGAGGCUGGACGGCACAAUGUCGAUCAAGAAGAGGGCGAAGGUGGUCGAGAAUUUUAACAACGCGGACAGCGGCGAGUUCAUCUUCAUGCUCAGCUCGAAGGCGGGCGGAUGCGGCCUGAACCUCAUCGGCGCGAAUCGCCUCGUCAUGUUCGAUCCCGACUGGAAUCCUGCGAACGACGAACAAGCGAUGGCCAGGGUCUGGCGGGACGGCCAGAAGAAGCCGUGCUUCGUCUAUCGCUUCCUUUCCACCGGAACGAUAGAGGAAAAGAUAUUUCAGAGGCAAGCCCACAAGAAAGCGUUGAGCUCGACGGUGGUGGACCAAGAGGACGAUGUGGCGAGGCAUUUCACCAUAAACGAUCUUCGCGACUUGUUCAAGCUGGAGGAGAACACGGUGUCAGACACACACGCGAAGUUUAAAUGCAGACGUUGUGUCAACGGCGUCGAGACGAGGGGCCCGCCGGAGCAAUCCGACUGCAAUUCCGAUCUAUCCGAGUGGCGACACUCGCAGAGUCCGCGACACUUGCCUGAUUUAUCAUUACGGCAAUGUUGGUCCAGCGGCAUUUCCUUCGUGUUUCAUCAUCGUUCUCACGAACAAGUAAAGUGAACUGUGAUUCAACCGACAAUCUCUCUCUAAUCGUGAUAUUCAACCGCCGUUUUAAGUCGUUCAUGUAUAAAUGUACUUUCCGUUUCUUAAGUUAUUUUAUAGACCAGACGUGUUUGUAUACACGGCGAAAAAAAGAGAGACAAGUAUAAAAUGAAAAAAAAUAUAUAUAUUUUUUAAACUUAGUCGUUAUCAUGUACAUA